AAUAUGGAAAAUAGUCCCUGGAUCUUGCUGCUUACGAGAUCUUCUGGAGAUAUUUGGCCUGCAUUAAUCAAUCAGAUUUUAUAUUUCAAACUAACUUUUUGCAGAGGAUCAGUGCUUUUUUUCUUUGUUCUGGACAACAUGGGCCUAUUAAGCAAAAUGUGAUACUAAAAUAAAUUUUAGUAAGAUAUAACUCUUUUUAAAAAACUUUUCAAGUCUGAGCUGCAAAAAGGUCUGGGUCGGCGCGGCUGGGUCUUAGAGCCGAAGGAUUCCGGCGCCCCUCGCCCUGAUUGGUGCCAACUCCCCACAGUUGCCCGGGGAUUGGUCCAAAGUUCUGGGUGGGGGCGUGGCCUAAGGAAAGUAAAAACUCGCUUUCAGCAAGACUUUGAAACUUUUCCCAAUCCCUAAAAGGGACUUUGCCUCUUUUUCCGGGCUCGGCAGGGCACCCGCUCUGGACACCGGCUCGCCGACCUUCAAGGCUGCAGACUUGGCCGGGGGGAGGGUGGGCCUUGGAGAGCCGUCUUUCCCCCUCCUUUCUUUGAGAGAGGGGUGAGCCUCCGGGCACUUCGCCUUUGGCGUCUCCGCUGCGUCCCCCGGCCGCCCGCCCGGGCUGCCACCCGUCGAAUCCCGGGAGCCAGCGAGUGGCCGGCGCUGCGCUCGCCCGGAGCGCGCCCUCCAGAAUGCUGGUCCGCCCGGUCCGCUGAAAGCGAACGCCCUUCUCGACCCGAAGGCACGCUGGCGCCUCCUCCGCUUCGCCCCUGAGGCUUCCAGGCGCCCGGGGCUCCCUCCACCGGCUCCGUUCCUCUCUUCCUCGCUCUAGCAGGGCCUUCCUCGCUUGCCCCGGCCGCGGUCCGUGUGCGCAGGCGGUGGCUAGCCAUUUCGGACGCAGCAUGCAGGCGCGCUACUCCGUGUCUGACCCCAAUGCGCUGGGAGUGGUGCCCUACCUGAGCGAGCAGAAUUACUAUCGGGCGGCGGGCGGCUACGGCAGCAUGGCCAGCCCCAUGGGCGUCUACUCCGGCCACCCGGAGCAGUACGGCGCAGGCAUGGGCCGCUCCUACGCGCCCUACCAUCACCACCAGCCCGCGGCGCCCAAGGACCUCGUGAAGCCGCCUUAUAGUUACAUUGCGCUCAUCACCAUGGCGAUCCAGAACGCGCCGGAGAAGAAGAUCACCCUGAACGGCAUCUACCAGUUUAUCAUGGACCGAUUCCCCUUCUACAGGGAGAACAAGCAGGGCUGGCAGAACAGCAUCCGCCACAACCUCUCACUCAACGAGUGCUUCGUCAAGGUGCCCCGCGACGACAAGAAGCCUGGCAAAGGCAGCUACUGGACCUUGGACCCGGACUCCUACAACAUGUUCGAAAACGGCAGCUUCCUGCGGCGCCGGCGGCGCUUCAAGAAGAAGGACGUGCCGAAGGAGAAGGGGGAGCGGGCCCCCCUCAAGGAGCCGCCCCCGACCGGGCCGCCCCUAGCGGACGCCCCCAAGGAGACCGAGAAGAAAGUGGUGAUCAAGAGUGAGGCAGCUUCUCCGGCGCUGCCGGUGAUCACCAAGGUGGAGACGCUGAGCCCCGAGAGCGCGCUGCAGGGCAGCCCGCGCAGCGCGGCCUCCACGCCCGCCGGCUCUCCCGACGGCUCGCUGCCGGAGCACCACGCAGGGGCGCCCAACGGGCUGCCCGGCUUCAGCGUGGAGAACAUCAUGACACUGCGAACGUCGCCGCCAGACGGCGAGUUGAGCCCGGUGGUCGGUCGCGCGGGCCUGGUCGUGCCGCCGCUGGCGCUACCCUACGCCGCGGCGCCGCCCGCCGCCUACGGGCAGCCGUGCGCGCAGGGCCUGGAGGCCGCGGGCAGCGGCGGCUACCAGUGCAGCAUGCGCGCCAUGAGCCUGUACACCGGCGCCGAGCGGCCCGCGCACAUGUGCGUCCCGCCCGCCCUGGACGAGGCCCUCUCGGACCAUCCGAGCGGCCCCACGUCGCCCCUGAGUGCCCUCAACCUCGCCGCCAGCCAGGAGGGCGCGCUGGCGGCCGCAGGCCACCACCCCCAGCAUCACGGCCACCACCACUCGCAGGCGCCGCCGCCCCCGCCGGCUCCCCAGCCCCAGCCGGCGCCGCAGCCCGGGGCCGCCGCAGCCCAGGCGGCCUCCUGGUAUCUCAGCCACAGCGGGGAACUGAACCACCUCCCCGGCCACACGUUCGCGACCCAGCAGCAAACUUUCCCCAACGUCCGGGAGAUGUUCAGCUCUCACCGGCUGGGGAUCGAGAACUCCACCCUCGGGGAGCAUCAGGGGAGCAGUAAUGCCAGCUGUCAGCUGCCCUACAGAUCCGCGCCGUCUCUCUAUCGCCACGCAGCUCCCUAUUCCUACGACUGCUCCAAAUACUGACUCCCAGGCGCACCCCUGCCCCCGGCCCGCUCAGUUAAGGCUGCAGAGUUAAGGCUGCAGAGACGCAAAAAGAAACAAAACAUGUCCACCAAUUUUUUCUCAGACCGGGAGCAGAGAGCGAGCAAGCGCGCGAGAGCCCUCAGCCCUCUGAGAAGCGUGCAGGUAACUUUAAUUCGCCGUCCCGUUUGUGAGAUUUCAGAAAGGCCCCUAAAGGGACGCAGCGCAACGCAGUGAAUAUUGCUUUUAAAACCCCCUUCCCUACCGUGUAAGCAGGAUGGCUGUGCGCUGCUUGACUCGAGGUUUCAAAAGUUAAGUUAUGGACCGAUUCCCGUAGCACCCAGGAAUGACUUUCUGUAGAGACCCUUGUAGGUGUUUGUGGGGUCCCUAUAGAUAACGGAUGUGCUGAGUGUAAUUUUUAAUUUCUCUAACCGUGCUGUACAAAUGUGUGGAUGUGUAAUCAGGCUAUUUUUUUGUUGUUGUUCAGAGCCAUUAAUAUAAUAUUUAAAGUUGAGUUCACUGGAUAAUUUUUCAUCUUGCCCCACUAUUUCUAACUGCCAAAUUGAAUCAGAGAACCCUAUUUGUUUUCGUUUUCCUUGUACAAUUAUGCAAUAGCAUUCUUUUCCCAGUUAUAGUCUUUUCCAAACAAGAAAAUAAUUUAUUAUUUUUUUUGUUGGCAGAUAAAGAAGUCAAGUAUCUGAUACUUUUAAUUUACAAAGUGUGAUGGUUUUGUAUAGUAGAUUCCACCCUCAGCAUUCCUAAAAGAAAAAAAGCUUUAAAAAAUUAACUUCACCUGUAUUUGUCUUAAUUGUUGUA